GCAGCCGCAGCCUUAUCAGCGCGCCGCAGGCCGGGGCGCGGAGCCGCCGCGCGGGGCUGCGGGCACUCCGCCGCGCUUCGAGGCUCGGAGGCUGCUGGCCCUGGCGCACCCCGAGCGCCGGAGACUGACAGCUGCUGUUGGCUUUCUGGCAGUUUCCAGUGUCAUUACCAUGUCAGCUCCUUUCUUUAUGGGGAAAGUUAUUGACAUUAUUUAUACAAAUCCCAGUGAGGAUUUCACUGAAAGCCUGACCAGCCUGUGUGCCUUGCUGAGUGGAAUCUUUUUAUGUGGUGCUGCUGCUAAUGCUACACGUGUCUACCUCAUGCAGACUGCAGGACAAAGAAUUGUGAAACGUUUGAGAGCAACCAUGUUCUCCUCUAUUGUGAAGCAAGAAACGGCUUUCUUUGACAAGACCAGAACAGGAGAGCUGAUAAACCGCUUAUCUUCAGAUACUGCCCUUUUGGGCCGCUCAGUGACUGAAAACCUUUCAGAUGGACUCAGGGCGGCAGCACAAGCAUCUGUGGGGGUUGGAAUGAUGUUUUUUGUUUCCCCUAGCCUUGCUGCAUUUGUGCUGAGCGUUGUGCCACCCUUGGCUGUCCUGGCUGUGAUUUAUGGCAGAUACUUGCGAAAGCUUACUAAAAUUACUCAAGAUUCUCUUGCAGAAGCAACACAGUUAGCUGAAGAACGUAUUGGAAACAUCAGAACUGUUCGAGCUUUUGGGCAAGAAGUGGCUGAAAUGGAGAAGUACACAAAUAAAGUUGAUUAUGUGCUACAGCUGGCUAAAAAAGAGGCACUAGCUCGGGCAGGCUUCUUUGGAGCAACUGGCCUUUCUGGAAACUUAAUUGUCCUCUCAGUGUUAUACAAAGGUGGAUUACUAAUGGGCAGUGCCUACAUGACAGUUGGUGAACUCACAUCUUUCCUAAUGUAUGCUUUCUGGGUUGGCAUAAGCAUUGGAGGUCUAAGUUCCUUUUAUUCUGAGCUAAUGAAAGGACUAGGUGCUGGUGGACGUCUUUGGGAACUUAUUGAAAGGAAGCCCCAACUUCCAUUUAAUGAGGGAAUCACAUUAGGCAAAGAUGUAUUCAGAGGUGCUUUGGAAUUCAAAGAUGUUGAAUUUGCCUAUCCAACACGUCCAGAAGUAUCAAUUUUCAAAGAUUUCAGCCUGUCCAUUCCAGCGGGCUCUGUUAUGGCUCUCGUUGGCCCAAGUGGAACAGGGAAAUCAACGAUUGUAUCCCUUCUGCUGCGGCUGUAUGAUCCUAUCUCAGGUACUAUCACCGUUGAUGGCUUCGAUAUCCGUCAGUUAAAUCCACUGUGGUUCAGGACAAAGAUUGGAACAGUAAGUCAGGAACCAAUUCUCUUCUCCUGUUCAAUUGCUGAAAAUAUUGCCUAUGGUGCAGAGGAUCCUUCUACUGUGACAACAGAGGAGAUUCAGAAAGUUGCUGAAAUAGCUAAUGCUGCUAGUUUUAUCAGAGAUUUUCCAAAAGGGUUUGACACUGUAGUUGGAGAAAAAGGAAUUUUGCUUUCAGGUGGACAGAAGCAACGAAUUGCAAUUGCUCGAGCUCUGCUCAAGAAUCCUAAAAUUCUUCUGUUAGAUGAAGCAACAAGUGCUUUGGAUGCUGAGAAUGAGUAUCUCGUGCAAGAAGCUCUGGACCGGCUGAUGGAAGGGAGGACAGUCCUAAUUAUUGCUCAUCGUCUGUCUACUAUUCAAAACGCUGAUUUCGUUGCAGUCCUUGGCCAGGGUAAAAUUCUUGAAUGUGGGAAACAUGAGGAGCUACUUGCAAAUCCAAAUGGACUUUUCAGGAAACUAAUGCAGAAACAAGCUUUUCUUCAGAAUAAUGAUGCUUUUGCAUUAGAUUUACAAUCCAGAGAAAAGGAUAUAUUAAAAGAAAAUGUAUGAGACAAUGUAUGAAUAAUUACAAACUUCAAAGACUAUAACUUAUGUUUCAGUUAUGUAAAUGUUAUAUUUUUCCAAAAUGUACAAAAUAUUCUUUUAAAUGUGUUAAACUUUUUAUUGAACGCUUUUUAGUAACUAUUGUAACUUUUAAAAAUACCUGUCACACUGAGAUAAUUUCAGGGCAUAGAUUUUUCUGCUUGUGUUACUUUGAAACUGUCUAGAAUCUUGUUUGCUAUGAUGCACUGUAUGAAGAUGUGCUCCAUUCUCAAGUAAGUUCAGUAUUUUAAAGGUAAUUAAAUUACAGUCUUAUCAUUUUCAUGUCAUUGUUUCUCUCCAAGGAACUUUCAUGUUUUGUGCUUAUCAUUAGUCUUAAAAUGCUGGAAUUCAAAAAUGCAUGAUACUAACACACUCUGAAAGUUCUGUCUGACUUCCCCUGCACUGUCCGUCCAGUUACUGUUUGUUCUGAAAUGUGAUUGUGCUCUGAACUUGACUAUGAUCUCCAUCUACAGUUCCUGUAGAGAAUUACAUAUUAAAAGACAUUUUAGAGAGUAUGAAAGCACAAGCUGGGGGAAAGUUCUUUAAUAAAGCAAACAACCCAAUGCAAAAAAGGCAACCAAACAAAAAAACUGACUUUACAAAAGGACAAAGGAAGUGUCUUACUAUAAGGAGUCACAUAGGAAAAUCUAAAAUUUGCAUUUUCUUCCCUUUUCUGUUUUCCCAUUUCUCUAGUUUCACUUUCUUUCUAAGACAACAUCUGAAAGAACAUGCCCUCCCAUAUAUGUUUUUGUCCUUUUUAACAGCAUAUGUAAGUUUUGUGUUGUUAAUUAAAAUUACAGUGAUAGAAAUAA